AUGAUUGACUUCCCCAAACAACCACCGUCGCCUUCCGCCGACCUCAAGGAUCCAGACAUAACUGCCCAGAUAGACCCUCGUAUAUAUCUUGACCAGGAAACGAAGCUGUGGAUCUUUGAAGACAAAAAUGCAGAAUAUGAAUACAACUUUGAGCUGAAAGAAUGGUCCAAGCGAACUCAAGCAACUAUAACUUCCAAACGUGAUAGCGUUGCUGCACAAUUGGAUAAAGAAGAAGAAGAAAACAAACUCAACAUCAAAAGAAUACGAAAAGAGAAAAUGCAGAAGUUGAAAGACGAAAUCACUCGACUCAAGAACGAAAAGAGCGCCGCUACUACUUCGAAGCCCUUGGAUUCAAACUCUAAUGAAAAACCUGUGAGUGCUGUCUAUGUAUCAAAAUUGCCUUUAGACAUCACCAAAGACGAGUUGGCACAAUCCUUCUCCAAGUAUGGAAUCAUCUCGGAAGAUUACAACACCAGCCAGCCUCGUAUAAAGAUGUACUAUGAUAAUGACAAAUUUAAGGGAGAAGCAGUAGUAUUUUAUCAUGCCGUAGAAAGUGUCCGUUUAGCCAUUGAAAUGAUGGACAAUACUUAUAUUCGACCUUCCUCAAACGGUGAAUCUAGAAUAUCUGUUCAACCAGCUCAAUUUGAUAAUACCAGAUCCAAGUCAACGGAAGAAAGGCCUGUUUUAUCAGCUGAAAAGAGGAAAUUGCUUCUACAAAAGAAAGAGUCCUUGAAGAAAAGGUUGACUCAAUGGGACGAUGAUGUCACUCUGAAUGAAAAAGAAAAAGAAGCUAAAAUUGUUCUUGUCAAACAGAUGUUUCGUGAAGAGGAACUUAAACUGGAUCCAAUGCUAGAGUUGGACUUGAAGGAGGACAUUCAGGAGGAAUGCGACAAAAUUGGGAUAGGAAAUGAUAUUACAAAAAUAACUGUAUACGAUAUAACAGGUGUUGUCACCAUCAAGUUCAAGAACCCAAUUCUGAGUCUGACUUGUAUAUCCAACUUCAACGGUCGUUUCUUCGACGGACUCAAAUUGCAGGCUUCUUUUUAUCGAGGUGAAAAGUUGGAGAAGUCAAAUCCUGACAAAGAAAAUCCAGGAGAUGAUAGUGAAAGAUUAGCCAGCUUCACCAAAGAAACUGCGAAAGUAAAUUUAUAG